ACACAUGCCAGCGUUACCAGACAUGGCCAAGUACUCACAGGCGCUUAUGAGCGAUGAGAGCGAAUUGCCGGUCACGCGGUCUGAGGUGGCUAGCGCCCAUAACGACCUGCUUUACUCAGCCGAAACUGAAAAUACAAGGCUCACCUCCGCUCCGGAGCCCCCAGCGGAUUUUAGGGAGCCAACGCCUACUGAAUCGGACGAGGGAGUCCACCGAGAGCCCUCCAAGUUGGUUUUGUCAUUCAACAAAAAACGAAUUUUGAGCAACCGCAGAGUGGACACGUCUGACGAAAGUGACAGCGACUUUGACAAAGAAUAUCAGGAUGAAGAGUAUCAGGAUGAAGAAUAUCAGGAUGAGGAGUAUCAGGAUGAAGAUCACCACAGCGAGAAGGAGAUAGAAGAGUCCAAUUCCGUGCCUCCAGUUACACCCAAUCAUUCUGAAUACACAACAGAGGUUUCUGCUCCCGUCGCUCCAGAUACCCCUGUUUUGGCCGUCCCAAUUAUCAAUGUUAGUCACGAUGAUUCAUACGAUGGUACCUCUGUUCCUAUUCCUGGUAUUAAAGUAGAACAUUACGAAGAUGUUUGUCCUGACGCAACACACACAUCCGAUGUCACUGUUCACGAUACUGCUUAUCCAUCCCAGCCAGACUCUAUUCCCGAUAUCAACUCGUCUCCUGUCAUCCCUGUAACACAUUCCACUUUUGACGAGGAAUCAGACGAAGAAGCCUACUACAACACCGGCGCGUAUUUGGUGGAAACCGAGGAAUCAUCCCCGACGAAGGCGUCCACCAUGGCGAGAAAGCCUCCAGCUAAGCUUGUUCUCUCGCUAGAUGAGGAUAGAAUGGGGAGCACUAUAUCGGAAACCCCUGAGUACGAUAUUUCUCACUCUGAGGAGUCCAAAGAUGACUUCCAAAAGAAUUUUAACUCAGCGUUACACGGCAGCUAUGAUGACGAUUCGGCAUUAGCUGGUGAUCAGGAUGCCAAUUCGGCUCUACACGAUGAUUAUGACCAAAAUGCCACUUAUAACACCUAUGACUACGACGCCGAGAGUUUGUCCGACAGUCGCUACUCGUUUGAAAGCGAGAACCACGCGUAUGACAGCGAGUUGGUGGCAACAAAAGAGGUGAGCCGUAGCUCGGUGGCGACCACCGACUCUCAGGCCCGAAAUGACAUGCUUUUUGACUCCGAUGAUGAUAUUGCCGAUAUCCAGGAGGUCUUGGCUAGCGCAGACGUCACGCCUUCGUUGGAAACCAGGCCAGGCAAGUCUGCCACAAUGACUCGCAUUGACGAUUUGCUCUAUGACAUUGAGAAUUUUACCAUGGAUUCAACAGAAAUGGCUCUGCGAGAAGCGGGAUCCAUAUCUACUGACGGGGUAUACGAAUCGAUUGAACCGUCCCCGGUUGAGCCGUUAUCGUUCGGAGAAGGCCCUUUCCGCAACAGUUCCCCCUCGUUGGACCCCAGAGUCCAUACACCACCAUCAAACCCACUGGCUACUGUCUCCACCCCAUCAUUAGACCCAAGAGAGCUGGUUUCCCGAGCCUCCACGGUGAGGAAGCCGCCUCCGGCCAUCAAAAUUCUCCAAGGCGAACUUCCUCUGUCUAUGAUCUCCCCCGCUCUUUCUGAGACCAGCUUGAAAUCCCAAGACUAUUCCAACAUUGCGAGUGCGAUGGACGAUUAUCUUGAUGGUCAAUCCAUUGCAGAGAGCCGUCUCUCACGCAACUCAUCCUCUGGCUCGCUUUCCACUGGCAGAUUAUCUCUCUCGAGUUCCAGACCGCGCGACAGUAUGAUUUCAGAUCUCAAAGUGCCAGGCGUUGAACCAGAGGCGUUUGAUACCUUCUCUAACUCCUUGAGGCCAAACUUGAAUAGAAAUUCAACCACAAACACCUUGGGUACCAUGAACUUUGGCGGGUGGAACCCCGACACAGGGGUUUAUCGCGAUGCCUUUAUGCUGAACAAUGGUGACGAAAGCGUAAUUUCUGCGAUGUCGCGUUCCAGCUCAAUGAAGAGCCAGGGCUCCACCAAGACUAUCGAUGGAGAUAUGGCGUUGGCAAUGAAACCCACUACCUUGCUCGGCCACAACUCUAAAAACAUGAGUGCCACCAGUGAGGGUGGAAAGAAGUCUCAGCGCUACUCGAGCUUGCUUGCAGAUAUGGAGCUUCCUGAUGAAACCCCGUUGGCGGAGAAAGUCAGAACAGCAUCCGUUGCUACCACUACUUCCGUUUCUACGGCCGCCAGCAAUACGAGCACCACCAGUGGUUACGACAGUACUUUCCUCGGGGACCACCCCAGAAUGAACUCUGUUGUUUCCUCUGCCACCGAGCAUUCGUCCAUUGUUGCGUACAAGCCGUCGCAGGCAGCAUAUAAUCUUCCCCAGAUUCUCUCUAUAAGCAACAACCAGGAGCUCAAGUUGAAGAAGUUGCGGGAGGCGCUUGCCAUUGAAACGGCGGUCAACACCGGAUUGGGUGACUGGCUCACCUGCGCCAUGAGAAACGAUCACGGGAGCAAGACCACAGACUUGGCCAUUGGGAAGUUUGCCUCGGAAGCUUUCAAGAACGCUAACAUCACAGAGAUCCACAGAACGCACACCUUGAUCACCCCCUCAAACAUCAAGCAGAAGCUCGCCUCGGGGACCUCUGACAUCAGAGGUAAGGUAGGUGAAAAGGGAAGCAAUUUCGCCAAGGGCUUGUUUUCCAAGACUAAGAAAAUUAUGAGAUCGAACUAGGGCUGCUGGGUUUAAGGGUUGCUUUGACCAUUCGUGCAUAUGUCGUUCCGUCUACUCCCUUUAUAUAUCACCUAGAAAGUAGUGUAUAGCAACUUGAAAAAUCUAUCUCCUGAUAUAUUACAAGUUUUUUUUUUGUGUAUUAUUCCGUUAAAUAUAUAAU